AUUCCCCUCACCCAAUAUCAGGACCUUGGGUGUUGUCGAGCUUCGUUAUUGAUCUUUGCCUAGUCAAUUAACGACUUUGGAGCUCCGAAAUUGUGGUAUCUGUGAAAGUAUUUGGUUUGAACCAUUGGUGUCUUUUUCUUCUUCCGCAUACAUUCAGCGUGCGUUCGUGGGAUGACCAGAAUCAUUUUGCCGAGGGGAUUAAGAUCCCAGAAAGCCUCGUGGUCUGUCCUAUACAAACAUGGUACAUGUGGAAAUGUCGCCCCGUUCUCGACGUCUUCUCGACGGUGGAGCUAUGCCGACACGAUCAACAACCUCAAGAUUGGCAAGCAUACUCGCGUGCUCUAUCAGGGCUUCACUGGACGGCAAGCCACGAUGAACGCCAAAGAAUCACUGGAGUUUGGUACAAACAUCGUUGGUGGGGUCAAACCCGGGGUGGAGGGUGAGCAUCUGGGUCUACCAGUUCUUCCUACCGUCAGGGCCGCCGUGGAGAAGCUCAAGCCCGACGCCAGCGCCAUCUACGUCCCUGGAAAUGGAACCGUUACGGCCAUGGAGGAAGCCAUCGAGAACGAAAUCCCCCUCAUUGUAGCGGUUGCCGAACACAUACCCGUGCACGACAUCUUGAGGAUACACCAAAUGCUACGAACACAGUCAAAGACGAGGUUGGUUGGCGCAAACUGUCCCGGAAUCAUCAAUGUCCACGGCCGCUGUCGCUUAGGGUUCCAGCCUCUACCAUUCUUUACUGAAGGCAACGUCGGCAUAAUCGCCAAAUCGGGCACAUUGAGCUACGAAGCUGUCGCUUCUACGACACGAGCGGGAUUGGGACAGACAUACGCAAUCAGCAUGGGCGGUGAUGUGCUUGCAGGAACGACUUUCACUGAAGCUUUCCAGGUCCUGGUCGAGGAUGAGAAGACCGAGGGCAUCAUCAUGAUCGGGGAAAUUGGGGGAAGCGCUGAGUUAAGGGCUGCAGAGUGGAUCAAAGAAUAUCAACGGCGGACUGCAAAUCCCAAGCCCUUCAUGUCGGUCAUAGGAGGCGUCGAGGCUCCGCCUGGGCGGAUCAUGGGUCAUGCAGGAGCCUGGGCUGCUCCCGGUGAAGCAACUGCGGCACAAAAAAUCAAAAUCCUGGAAGACGUUGGAGUGAAAGUCGUUGACCACCCGGAGAAAUUGGGAGAGGGCAUGAAGAAGCUACUUGCUGAGCGGUCCAAAUCAGGCUCAACCAGCAGAAUAGGACCCUCGACUGCAUCGCAGAAGAGAGGCUACCAUACAAUGCGAAGGCGGCCUAGACUGAUUGAUACGAGGACCCAUCCCCAGCAACGGCGUAAUCUGUACAUCAAACCUUCGCAAGCCUUUGACAUGUUGAAGCAGAGGAGAAUACCCACCGUCGACAGUCCCACAGGCCUCCAGGAGAAAUUCAUUGCCAUCUCCAUUGAUCGGGAAGCACGACAGCCUUGCAUCAUCGCAUCACCAACCACAGAUCCUUCGCAAGCGUUCGCCAAGUCCAAAAAGUUCCCGUUUGCUUAUGGGACAGACGAAGCGACUUCAGAUGCAAUGCUUCAGACUGUAUCGGCCCAUUUGGGUGUAUCUGGGAAGGGUCAGGAUUCCCUGGGUAAACUCAUCGCCGAGCUGGUCGAUAUCUUCAUGUCCAAAGAAGCCUUUGUACUACAGACGAAAAUCGUGAUCGACAACGAAGGGGGGCUCCAAGUUCAAGGCGCCAAGUUUGGCUUCGACGAUGCAGCGUUCAGGAGCUCAGGGCGACAGGCAGACGUCCAUGCCCUGCGAGACAUUGAAAGCGAGGUCCGUGAAGAAGUCGAGGCUGAGAAAGAGGGCAUGAUCUACGUGAAGUUGGCGGGAGAGGGCACGUUAGGAACAAUUGUGAACGGCGCAGGACUAGCCAUGAACACGGUUGAUGCACUGGUGGCUCGAGGUGGACAUCCAGCGAACUUUAUGGACACUGGCGGGAAAGCCACCUCCGAUACCAUCAAGGCCGGCUUCAGGAUUGUGACAUCAGACCCUCGAGUCAAGUGCAUAUUCGUCAACAUCUUUGGAGGAUUGACACUGGGCGACAUGAUUGCCCGGGGGAUCCUGUUGGCCUUUAAAGACUUGGAUCUUCAGGUCCCCGUGGUCGUCCGUAUUCGAGGAACCAGGGAGGCCGAGGGACAGAAGCUCAUCCGGGAAAGCGGUCUCAAUCUCGAUGCAUUUGAUUCUUUCGAAGAAGCAGCCGCUCGCGCAAUUGCAAUAGCAAACGGAACAGCAAAGAUGGAAUAGAAAGGGGAGGCUGCACAUUUGUACAUGUUUCGCACGGCGUCUGUAGAGAACCUGAUGCGGGAUGUCGGAUAUCUGUGUGAGAAUGCAGGAGUUGCAUUACAUGACUGAUCAUUGGCUAGAAGCAUAUUGGGUUACAAAGAGGUCACCGCAAGCGAUGGAUACUCUAGAGAAGACUGGGGGACGUAGAUCAACUAAUCGAACAAAGUGGGCUAUGUACCGGCAACCGGGUACAGACACCAAGGAAGAAUGGAAGAGCGUAACACGGGUAUUGACAUGCCUCUCGAAGUCGCACGAG